AUGCCAAAGGUCUAUAAAAGGGGACCUGCUCCCUCUUUCCUCUUUCCUCUUUACCCAUCCUCGACUCUCAAAGCAUCUGCGCAACUCUCAUCGCGACUCGGUCCAAUCAUGAGAAUGCAGAUGUGGUGCCGAGGACCUCGUCCACCCGACAGCAACAGCGAUCAGAACCAGCAGCAACCAAUUGGAUCCGUGAACAAAACUGCUAUUAUGCUGCCACAUUUGUUGAGCUUGGUUGUCUCCAAGCCUUCGUUACUGAAAAUCCUCCGGCUUGCGAGUCUCCCUGACGAUAUUAACUCUCUUGCGAAGACUCUGGCUUCAAUGUCGAUCAAGAGUUCCGGAUCAAGGCCCAGUAGGAACGGGUGUGGUGUUCAGUUAGUUAGCUUUUCCGAGCCAGUUUACGCUGGUUCAUUCCCUGGUGUAAUCGCUUACCCAAUCCGUACAAGCCGCACUACCAAUAACCUCAACGCGGCCAACGACCAAUCUCAUCAUCCCAACGACAUGCCCUACACAAAGCAAGAUGCCCUCUACGAUUUAACAACACUAACAUGCCUCACAACGCACCUCCUCCUCGCACCCUACACCAAAGUCGAAGAAUCUUUCCACAUGCAUGCAACACAUGACAUUUCUUCUGGUAUACCAUUAUCCGAGUAUGAUCACUUCAAGUUUCCCGGUGUGGUUCCACGGGAGUUUUAUGGGCGCAUUGGCGUUGAGUUUGUUUUCAUGGCCAUUACGUGCAAAUGGCCUGAUGCGACAAAUUUACUCGAGAUGGAUUUCUAG